GAAUGGCGGCGGCACAGGGAGGAAGAGGGAGGAGAAGGGCUAGCGGGGCUCGCAUGAUGACCUCGAUUUUGUGCUUGUCCUUCAUCGCAUCCUCAAGCUCCUUCGUUGUUCCGUUCGUUUCUCAUACCAUUUCCUCUUCCAAGUCGAUUGACCGCAGCAAUCCUUUCCCUGGGGCCGCACACAAUCGUGGCCUGCCGCUUGGGGCGUCUCCCCUUGGACCACGAGCAGGGAGGAGAGCUCGUGGAGCUCUGACCACAGUCUGUGUCUUUGAUCAAGUCAUGAAGAAUCUGGGUUCGAUGGGGGACAUUCUGAGUAAAGGUAUUGCUGGGCCCAGCUUGGACGAGUUGAAGUCGAUGCUGGGAGAACAAGAGUAUGCUGCUGUUAUGAAGACGAUCAAUGGAGUCAUCGAGAAGAACAAGCGAGAAGUAUCAGAGAUAGAGAGCAAGGCGUUGGAGGAUGCUCGCAAGCGUCAGAAGGAGCUGAACGCCUACUCGAACCAAGUGCGUGAUUUGGAGUAUCAGCUGAUCAUGGCAGCCUCUGAGGUGACAGAGCUUGAGGAGCAAGUGACUUCUUUGAAAGAAAAAGUUACCGGAGCCGACAUUCAAGCGUUGGAGAAGCCGUUGAAUACUGAACAGGCCGAUCACCCCAUCUUCGGCAGAUUUCUUGCAGACUUCGGCUACAAGAAGGUGUUUGCUGCAGAUCCUUCGAAGCUGUACACAUCGACACCGAUCUACAAGAAGCAGCGUACCUUCCGAACAGAGCGAGCGUCCUCCAUUGCAAGGGCUAAGGCCAAGAGCAGCGUGACUGGAUGGCCAGGCACCAUCAGUGUCGUGGAAUAUACAGGCAAAGGGCAGGCAGUGCUGGUUGAUGGACAGCACAGGCUCGGCGCGCACACUCUCUUGGCCCGCCAGAUGAAGUCUCAAAAUCCCGACCGACCGCUUCCCCUGGGGAUGACGGAGAUUCUUGUGGAAGUGUAUCCUGCCGAUAAUGAGAACAUGGCAGCGGAGGUCUUCACAGAGAUUAACAAGGCAGAGCCGUGCAAGCUAGUGGAUCUGCCGCAGGCCAAGGUGCCAGUGCAAACGAAGAAGAUCAUCGACGGGGCUUCUGAGAAACUGAGGCAGAGGUACAGCGCCAUGUUCAAGCCAUCGUCGGCAUGCCGAACGCCUCACAUGAACAUCGACAACCUUCGAGACGAACUGUUCCAGGCGAACGUGGUGGCUCGUUACGGCUUCAAGACGGAGGAAGACCUCUUGAACUGGAUGCUGGCCAAGAAUGAUGAGCUAGCGGCGAUUCCUCGUGGAGAAUGGAGGCCGAAGAGGAGGACAAGAGCCAAGACGUUGGAGAAGGCGCUGGAGAAGGCUGUCGCUCAGAAUUUCUACCUUGGACUGGAGUGGGACUGGUUGAAUGAGGACGGCACUUAUGCCUCAGACGAAACCUCGAGCAACGACGACGACGACGACGAGGACGACGGCCUUCCUUUCUACGGGGCGCAGAUCAAGUAGUCCUAUUCCUACGGGACAGUGAAGGACGUGGGAAGUGGCGAUGUUGUGGGCCGGGCGGUUCCGGAAGUUUGAAGGAGGAGACUUGGCGGUAGUGGAUGUGUGAGAUGAAUGGGGAUGAAACAUG